GUACAUUUCCCGGGAGAAGAGAGAGUACCAGGUCCCGGUGCAGACACCCUUCUGCGGCCCACGGUCUCCGACACUGAGGUCACCAUGAAGCUGAUGGACAACGGUAUCCAGACCAGCCUCACACGGACCCGGUCGAGGGGAAGCCUGGUGGUGCUGGAGAGCCAGUCCACAGAUAUCGAGCCUCCUCCGCCUCCGAAACCAGACCUCAACCGGUAUUCCGGGCUGCGGACUCAUCUGUCACUGGCAACCAAUGAGGAGAGCAGUCUCCUUCACCGAGCGGAGAAUCCUCCGACUCCCACCAUGUACAAGUACCGGCCAACCUACAGCAGCCCCGGACGCAACCACGUCGCCCUGACGCACUCUGCCAGCGACAAGGUCUGUCCAGUGGACCUCUCCCCGGAUCCAGCCACUGCCGAGGGAGCAGGCAGUCUCAGCCUGCGCUCCGAGGGUCCGACCUCUCCCACCCUGUACGGCAGCCUCCCACUGGAGCCGGCGUCCGAGGGCUCCCGCUCCUCCUGCAGCCUCCGCUCGGCGCCGGGGACUGGAGACGGGGCCGGCGUGGGCCCGGGGCCCGACGAGGGCACCACCUCCACCUCCUACAAGAGCCUGGGUGAGCCCACCCACGAAUACAGCCCCUCCCUGGACAGCCUCCCGCCUACCAGCCCCGAGUCCGAGGCACCCGGCUACCACUCGCCCUUCCUCUCGGCCCGGCUGGCCAUGCACCGCGAGGCUGACCUGCUGGCCCGCUGCCCCCGGGAGCGCGAGGGGCUUCUGUCCCAGGCCCCGCACCAGGCGCGGGGCCGAGAGGAGAGCCGGCGCCGGGCACCCUCCUCGCCCCCUCACCGGCCCGGCUUCCCGGGGCCAGCCCCUCGCCCCUUCCGUCCUGUCUCCCCUCCUCAGGGCAAGGCGUCCCGGGGCCCAGCCUUCCCACGGCAGACAGAGGACAUCGAGGGAGCCGGCUCUACGCACCCUCUCCUGCCUCCCAGGGACGAGGUGCAGAUGAAAGGGACCCACGUCCGGAGCAACGGGCAGCCCCGGCACCUGAACAAGUCGGAGCCACGGCGCACGUCGCCGCCCCCCGUCCCGGGCACCUCCAGCGGAGUGACCCUCAGCCCCAACAAGGGGGUGAAGAAGGUGUCGGGCGUCGGAGGGACCACCUACGAGAUCUCGGUGUGAGGCCGGGAAGGGGCGGCUGGAAUGGAGCCGUGUCAGACUGGAUGGAGGAGAGAGAGGGGUUCCCAGAAGCUGUCGGCCUCUCUCUUUCCCCUGCUACAGAUUUGGAUAUGGGUCAGCGGCAAGAGGCAGAGAGGUGGUGAGGUGCAGAGGACUGUCAUGGCAGCAGCCUCCCCGUGCCGGGACUGGACAGUGGCAAGGGGAAUGUCCCGCAUGUGUCCGACUGUCUCAUGCUCCUUCCCUCCUACCCCCCUCUCCUCUCCUCUGGACUCCAUCGUCCGCUGCUCCAGCCCCCUGUGUCUGGUCCCUGCUCUCUGUGGUUCAAGCCAGCUGAAUCCUCCCUCUCUGCCUCUCCCUCCUUUACCCUCUCCCUCCCCCUUCUGAACCGUGAGUUGGAUUGGCGACAAGUGGACAUUGUGCAAUUGUGUUCAGCUGGGGCGUGGUCUCCUGUGAACCAGGGCCUCUCCUUCAAUCCGUCGGAGCCACGAGCAAGACAGAGACUUUUGCAAAAAAAACUUAAGAAACAAAUGUUUUUUUAUAUAUAAUUAAAGGGAUUAUUUACUCUG